UUUUGGAACCUUUGUUGCGAUUGGAGUUACUGUUUUUGCGGUGAUUGUAGUUACUAUUAUUCUGUGCCUCACCUGUUCGUGUUGCUGUUUGUAUAAAGCAUGUCGAAGACCACGGCCUGUUGUGACCACUACUGCCACUACGUCCACUACAGUGGUUCAUGCUCCCUAUCCCCAACAGCAGGGAGUGCCACCCAACUACCCAGUAGCCCCAUAUCAAGGAUAUCAGCCGGUGGCUAUCCAGCCACAACCGGGAAUGCCGGUAGCACCGUACCCUGCACAGUACCCUCCCCCUUACCCCAUGCAGCCGUCAGGACCCCCAGCCUAUCAUGAAACAGUGGCAGCUGGUGGUGGAGCACCUUACCCAGUCACCCAGCCCCCUUACAACCCUGCUUACAUGGAUCCUCAGAAGCCCAUCUAUUGA